GAAGAAGAGAGACAGGCUGGUAGUUGUUCGGAGCAGAGGGUUUUAGGUCUUUCAAGUUUUACUUGUGUUUUUUGUGUAUAUAUUCAUAGUGGCAUUGUGUAUUCACGACUGAAUAUUGUGGAGGGACCAGGGCCCUGCACACAGCACAACGCAUUGAUGAAACAAGAGAAGAGGCCAUUUUAUGUCUCAGCUGGGUCAACAGGAACUGAAGAGGACAAGCUGCAACAGGUUGACCUUGGCUACGAUCUCCGGCAACAGUGAGAGCUAUGACUCCCCAACCCUACCUGUGUCUCCUGGUCCUGGGACACCUGGGCGUGGUGCUCUCUUGUCGGGUGGGGACGCUGGAGGAAUGCCAGGCAGCCCCGUUCGUUCCCGGGCACAACCUGGCGGGAGAGGGCUUUGACGUCGUGACGCUCCAGCACAAAGGCGCGUACGUGAUCGACCUCCAGACCUUCCUGGACUCAAGCGACUCGUGCACCCUCUGUGAGAACCCGCUUCAUGGAGACGAGCUCCAGAAACUGCCGCUGUCCGUGCUGGACUGGCGGGCCUUCACCAGCUGCAGGCAGGAGCUGUCCAACACUCUGCUCAAAACCGUCACCUCCGUGGCCGACAGCGUGACCGACUUCAUCGAGAACGACUGGGCCGUGGGCCUGGGCCUCAGGAACAUCGGCCAUCUAACCAUUGGUGGCAGGCACUCCACCGCGGUCAAGUUCGCCAUUAAGGCCAAUGCGAUCGACAAGUCCGUCUUCACUUCUCACCAGCUCAGAUGUAGCCACUACAGUUACCGUGUCUCAGGAAACCCGCCUCUCAGCCCAGAGUUCCAACGGCAGUUGCGCUCUCUCCCACAGGAGUACAAUCUGAACACACGGCACCUGUACAAACGAUUCAUCCACACCUACGGAACGCACUACAUCCAGCAGGUGCGCCUGGGCGGUCGUCUUAGGAGGCUCACCUCCAUCCGCACCUGCCUGGCCACCGUCAACGGCUACUCGGCCACCAUGGUGAAGGACUGCCUGAACACGGGCCUCUCUGUGGGGCUGGGAUUUCUGAAACCUUCUGCCACCACCUGGUCCUGCAGAGGUCUGCUGGAGAACCAGGACAGGAAGACGGGCUCCUGGCAGUCAUACCUGAACCAUGUCACCGAGGUCCUGGGGGGGCGAAAGUGGUUGGGAGAGGUGUCCCUGUUCAGGAAUGAAUUAUUCGACUUCCAAAAAUGGCUGACCAGCCUCAAGGACCUCCCUGACAUCGUGUCGUACUCUCUGGUCCCCCUCCAUGAGCUGAUUCCCAACCCUGUCGUCAGGGGGAACGUGAAGUCCGCGGUCAACCAAUACCUGAAGGAGAACGCUAUCCUGAAAGACAAGUCCCCCAAACAGUGUUUUUGGGAGCCCAACCUUUCUCCUGACUGCUGCCCCCAAAACUCGAAGAGAGGCCAGCUGCAGGUGACGGUGAAGAGGGCCUCGGGGCUGCAUGGGGACCCGGUGGGGGAGACAGAACCCUAUGUGAAGUUCUGGUAUGGACCCCACUUCCGCAAGACCUACUGGAUCGACUCGGACGACAACCCCUACUGGAACCGGGACUAUGACUUGGGCCAUGUGGAGGCCUAUCACAAGCUGACGAUGGAAGUGUGGGACAAGGAUGUGUGGUACGAUGACUACCUUGGCGGCUGCUAUACGUGGCUGCGGGAGGGCAGCUACUCUGCCCGCUGCAGCCUGGAUGAAGGAGGGGACCUCUUCUUCUCCUACACUCUCACCUGCGACCCACAACUCAGCGGCUACCAGUGCGGCACGUACAGGCCUGCCCCCCAGUGAUGGGUCAGGAGACAACAGGCCAAAUAAAAAAAUAUAUAAAAAAAUAUAUUUGCACACUGAUCUGGUCACAGAAAUACCAGAAAAUGUACCUGCUGUUAUCAUCAAUGAACAAGAAUGUAAUCCUCCAGAGCAAUGUCACUAUCACCAAUCUACUGCAAUGCAUGUUUUAAAAUAAUCAGCACUUAUUGUUGUGUUAUCUUGAUUAAUGUAGUUAUCAUGAUGACUAUCACAUAUUGUGUGAAUCCAGCCAAGUUCACAGUGACCUGAUGAUUUUCUGCUCCAAUGAUUUUCACUUUGUCAAUCCACUAAGUUUCCAUAUCUUAUGGUUUCACAUCUCUUUGCGAUCACUUUAGAUCAGGAGGGCCAUUCUGUGUAAACUGAAAUUAAGUGCACCGUAGCAUAUCCUCAAUUUUUGUGUGGUAGUAGGCAAUGAUGAGGAAUAGAAAUCUGGAAAAUCUUAGCUUCAUAAGCUGCUUUGUUUUUGUGCUACAGCCUUCUAAAUUUCAGGGGGCCAUCGCUUAAGUGCCAAGUUGCAUGACAUCCACAUUUUACAUGGCCAUAAUUAAAAUAAUAAUUAAAACAUACAUUUCUAAUUCUCUCUACCUCUAUAAUGAAUAUAUAAUUUUGAAGAUAUUGGGCCUUAACCCUUUUAGUUCCAAGUCAAUAUGAAGUGGCUCCAUCCAAAUCCCAGGGCAUUUCGGCUAUGGUUGAGAACAUUUAGGAAGGUUGACUCGAGAAAUGGCUGAUUUGCAGGGCUCCCAACUAACCUUUUCAACUGGUGGCGCAAUCACAAAAUUUUGCGUGUCCUUGCACAUAUAAAUUAUACAUACCUGUACAGUGGUCCCCAGAAUUAUUUGCACCCUUCAUAUAAAAUCAGAAAAAUGGCUGCCUAUUAUAAACAACACAGACAAUAAUCUAUGUUAUGUUUAAACAUAUGGGUCAACUAUAUACUUUUAUUUCAAUACAUCAUUAUAAUACAUUUUAAUACAAGAAUCUAAUUUUUCCAAACCAUAGGUCUUAAGAAUUAUUAGCACCCCCUAACAUUUAUUGUGAAUACAAUCAAAGUGAAAUAGGCAAUAAAAUGUUCUUUAUUUUAGUUUUAUCUCAGGGUAAAGGAACUAUAUUGUGUCAUGUCCAUCACUUCCUGUUAAAUAGAGAAUAAAAAUGAGGUAAACUGCAUGCAGUACAACAAAUAUGAAGGUGUGAAAUUAGGUAAAAAAAAAUGUCUGUCAUCCAUAAGUAUGGGAAAAGCCAAAUAAUUGUCAAUUCAGAAGAUACCUACCUACCUUCAAAUAUGGAGAUGGGUUGUUGAUGUUUUGGAGAUAAUUUGCAGCCAGUAUUCCAGUGGCUUUAAGAUCAAUAGCAUAAUGAAUUCAGCCAGGUACCAGGACAAACAAUAUCCUCUUCAAAUGUGUUCACUAACCUUAUCACACAUUAUAGAUAAAGAUCCAUGGCUGUCAUCUUUGCCAGGGGUGUUUGCAUAAAGUAUUAAACCAAUAAUUGAAAUCUGUUGGGGAAAUGCAUUUUCAAUUUGAUGAAUGUUAGACUGCUCUAAGAAUGAGUAUUUGACGGGUCAGCUGUGGGGCACUCCAGGGCACGCCAGCUCCUCCUGCGUCAAGAGCUCGGUGUCUGACUUUUUGAUUGAAUUUCGAGCUUUGGCGGCCUCUGCUGGCUGGAAGCUCUGACACAGUCUGCCGCAAACUCGCACCACGGCUUAUCGGCUUAACUGAAAUAUUAUUUCCAGUACUAUAUAUGCAGUAUAACUACCUUGUGUCUUGUUGAUUGAUGUGCUCAGUCUUGCCAUGGUGUAUGACUUCUGACAUUAAACUGUCUUCAGCAACCUCACCUUGGAAGCAGAGUUUGGCUGUUCCUCAUCAGUUUUAACCCUCCGACACAGCUGUUUCUGUUUCAGUUAAUGAUUGUGUUUCAAACCUACAUAUUAAAUUGAUGACCAUUAGUUCCUGUUUGGUAUAAUUGGUUAAUCACACACCUGACUAUAUGCCUAAAAAAUCCCUGACUUUGUACAAGUGUACCAAGAAGAAUUGAUGCUGGUUUGAAGGCAAAGGGUAGUCACACCAAAUAUUGAUUUGAUUUAGAUUUUUCUUCUGUUCACUCACUUUGCAUUUUGUUAAUUGAUAAAAAUAAACUAUUAACAUUU